GCCCGAGGCGCAUCGGACCAAACGAGAAUUCCACCACGCGCGCGACCCCGGCUCGGCGAAUCUCGACACCCCACAAGCUCCAUGGCGGCGGCGGCGGAGGGCGGCAGCGGCGGCGGCGGGAAGGUGUCGUUCAAGGUGAUCCUCACCUCCGACCCCAAGCUCCCCUUCAAAGUGUUCAGCGUGCCGGAGGCGGCGCCCUUCACCGCGGUGCUCAAGUUCGCCGCCGAGGAGUUCAAGGUCCCGCCCCAGACCAGCGCCAUCAUCACCAACGAUGGAGUAGGCAUCAACCCACAACAAAGUGCAGGCAAUGUGUUCUUGAAGCAUGGCUCGGAGCUGCGUCUGAUUCCCCGUGACAGAGUUGGAGCGUCGGCGACACCCUUCUAAUUGCUGUUAGAGUCAACAGUGAAGAAACCUAUAUAAUAAAAAAAUAAAAUCGGUGUUUGAUCCUUGGUUGUACAAUGUGACUGCUUGUGAUGAUAAUUUAUCAUGAACAACAACCAAUGACUGGUUGAAAAAAGUUUACCAAUAGUUUCAUGCA